UGGCUUUGAGGUCCAAACCCCCAGACCACGUGGCCUGCUCUAAUUUCCCAGGCCCUGAUCUGUUCCUGGCUCCUAAUGACGCAGCCGGUAAUAGGAUUGUGGCUUCCCUCUGGGGCAGACACACAGGCCAUGGCCGUGGGGCUGGCGACUGGUGCUUAGCAACCCUGACCACCUGCCUGCUGAGCAGCCAGUGCCCCUGGCUGGGACGCCGAGCCCCCGGCUGGCCUCACGUGCAUGGAAUGGUGCUGUGCUUUGUGCCAGCAGACUGGGCUCACCAUGGUGCCAGGCGCCGUCCUGGCACGAGGGAGGGAUGUGUGUAAGCGGAACGGACUGCUCAUCUUGUCUGUGCUAUCUGUCACCGUGGGCUGCCUUCUCGGCUUCUUCCUGAGGACCCGUCGCCUAUCACCACAGCUGUCAGGUUCUGGACAUGUGACUCUGGAGACAGCUGAUGGGCGAGGAGACCUAAUCCAAGGCCCCAAGGGUAGGCUAGACCCAGCGGCCUGUGAGGAAGCCAAUGAAAUUAGUUACUUCCAGUUUCCUGGAGAGCUCCUGAUGAGGAUGUUGAAGAUGCUGAUCCUGCCACUGGUGGUCUCCAGGGACUGUAAAGUCUGUAAAGGCAGAGACAGUAGUCUGCUGAGGUUCCACUCUGGACCUAGCCAAGUGCCUGGCACAUACUUGAUGUCUGGCCUCGCCUCCCUGGAUGCCAAGACCUCCAGCCGCCUGGGCAUCCUCACUGUGGCAUACUACCUGUGGACCACCUUCGUGGCAGUCAUCGUGGGCAUCAUCAUGGUCUCUAUCAUCCACCCGGGGGGUGCGGCCCAGAAGGAGACGACAGAGCAGAGCGGGAAGCCCAUCAUGAGCUCGGCCGACGCCCUGCUGGACCUUAUCCGGAACAUGUUCCCAGCCAACCUGGUGGAAGCCACUUUCAAACAGUACCGUACCAAGACCACCCCCGUUGUCAAAUCCCCCAAGAUGGCAUCAGAGGAGGCCCCUCCUCGGCAGAUCCUCAUCUACGGGGUCCAGGAAGAGAACGGCUCUCAUGUUCAGAACUUUGCCCUGGACCUGACCCCGCCACCCGAGGUUGUUUACAAGUCAGAGCCUGACACCAUCGAUGGCAUGAACGUGCUGGGCAUCGUCAUCUUCUCUGCCACCAUGGGCAUCAUGCUGGGCCGCAUGGGGGACAAUGGGACCCCUCUAGUCAGCUUCUGCCAGUGCCUCAAUGAGUCCGUCAUGAAGAUUGUGGCGGUGGCUGUGUGGUACUUCCCCUUUGGCAUUGUGUUCCUCAUCGCCGGCAAGAUCCUGGAGAUGGACGACCCCACAGCAGUCAGAAAGAAGCUGGGUUUCUACGCGGUCACCGUGGUGUGUGGGCUGGUGGUCCACGGCCUCUUCAUCCUGCCCCUGCUCUACUUCUGCAUCACCAAAAAGAACCCCAUUGUCUUUAUCCGAGGCGUCCUCCAGGCCCUGCUCAUUGCCCUGGCCACCUCCUCCAGCUCAGCCACACUGCCCAUCACCUUCAAGUGCCUGCUGGAAAACAACCACAUUGACCGGCGGAUUGCCCGCUUUGUGCUGCCCGUGGGCGCCACCAUCAACAUGGACGGGACGGCGCUCUACGAGGCUGUGGCCGCCAUCUUCAUUGCCCAGGUCAACAACUAUGAGCUGGACUUCGGCCAGAUCAUCACCAUCAGCAUCACAGCCACAGCGGCCAGCAUCGGGGCAGCUGGCAUCCCCCAGGCUGGGCUCGUCACCAUGGUCAUCGUACUCACCUCCGUGGGACUUCCCACUGACGACAUCACCCUCAUCAUCGCCGUCGACUGGGCUCUGGACCGUUUUCGCACCAUGAUUAACGUGCUGGGUGACGCGCUGGCGGCAGGGAUCAUGGCCCACAUCUGCCGGAAGGACUUUGCUCAGGACACAGGCAUGGAGAAACUGCCGCCCCGUGAGACCAAGCCAGUGAGCCUCCAGGAGAUCGUGGCAACCCAGCAGAAUGGCUGUGUGAAGAGCGUGGCGGAGGCCUCAGAGCUGACCCUGGGCCCUGCCUGUCCCCACCACAUCCCUGUCCAGGUGGAGCAGGACGAGGAACCAGCUGCCACCUCUCUGGACCACUGCACCAUUGAGAUCAGUGAGCUUGAGACCAAUGUGUAGCCUGCAGAGCUGCAGGGGCCAGGGGAGGCCUCCAGGUCUAGGGGCCAAGGGCAGGAUCUCAACUCACUACUUUUCCGAGCACUCGACAGGAGCCAGGCUCACACACUCCUCCCACCCUUGAGAGGCCAGGAUUCGCCCCACAGGCCAGACAAUAGAGUCUCAGAAAGGGAAAGACUGCAUGUGGGAGCCCCAGCUGGAGAAUUAUGACCUGGCACAGCCAAGGCCCCAGCUAUGACAUUUCCACUGUGUUAACCUAUGAGGGUGGCAGCAGGGGCUAUAUGGUCCCACUUUCUGGAUCACAGAGUUGAGACCCCGUGAGCUGAAAACACUUGCCCCAGGUCUCAGGGCAGGUAACGUCAGGGCCGGGACUCUAACUCAAGUCUUCCAGGCCCUGGCCACUCUCUCCUGGAGGACAGGGGCCUGCAGGGCCAGAUGCCAAGGGUCUCUGCCCCUCUGCAGGAGCUCAGCAGCCACCACUGCCUUCAGUUUUUGAAGAUACAGCGAUGUUCUGGUUCUGCCCCAGCUGAGUCCCUGCCCAGGCCGGUCACCCUCCCUGUCCCAUAACACGUGGCCUCAGACAAACAGCCCUCCCUGAGGACAGCCCAGCCCUAGGCCAAGGCCCGCUGCCUGCCACGUGCCACAGCCUGUCCCGUCUCCCAUCAGUCUCACCAGUCGUGUCUCACAAAGCUCAGCCCAUGUGGAGACAGCAUGGCCUCAGAAGAGCUGCAGGGGCCCUUGGAUACGUCUGGGCCAGUCUCCCACAGGACAGGUGGGCCAGCCAGGACUGGGGAGGCAGGCUUGCCUGGGAUGCUUUAGUCAAGCUGCCCGUGGAGCCUUGGGGUCAGCACUCUCCAUGAGCCUGUGUGAUGAAGUGGUGUUAGAUUUUCUACUCCUUUCUGUGUUCGCAAAUUCAGUGAUAACUAAAUAAAGGUGUUUUGUUUUUCAA